GUCGCUUGAGUAUUUACUGCUGCUCUUAUCCACUAAUGAGCCGGGGUAAGGAGAAGAAGGCGUUCUCAUGUUUUUACUAAGCAAAUGUACUUAAAAUCAGUAUUUUGUAUUUAGGAUACGUAUGUCUUCAGUUUGUAUAUGAAACAUAUGAGAUUUCCUCGUCGACUUCAGUACUUCUGAACAUUUUUUUUUUAAACUUCUGUUCGAUUUUUGGUUGGAAUUAUAGCGUAAGUAAGCACUUCAACGGAAAUUCAUUCAAACUCAACUCAUUAUACUAUUAUUACCGUGUAAGAUGAAAAUGCCAACUCAAAGCGGUUUAGAUCAACAGGACUUCAUGGCCCAGAGUCGGUCUCCAAAGUGGGUUCGAGAGCGUUUAGCCGCCAAUGAUCUGCUAGUUUUGGACCUCCGUUCUGCAGAGGAAUAUGGUCAGUCGCAUAUAGACGGAGCUAUUCAUCUUUCCUUGCCUGGUAGCGGAGGAAUUCUAUUACGCCGUCUUCAGAAAGGUACAGUGUCUUUCAAAUGCUUCAUUGCUGGAGAAGAAGGAAAGGAAACUUUUGCUAAAAAGUCAAAAAAUGUUCCAAUAAUACUGUACGACACAAAUACCACAGACUUUAAUGCGAAUACGGAUUCAACUUUCUUACUGUUAUUGAAGAAGUUAGCUAAAGAUGGCUGCCGAUCAUAUUAUCUCGAGGGUGGAUUUGCUUCCUUUGCCUCUCAGUUUCCUAAUUUGUGUGAUAGACAAGCAGAAAGCGAUUCAGAGGAUGAGCCAAUGGCAGAAGGAUUUGGUCGCUUACGAAUUGAUUGUGGAAGUGGCAGCGAAAAUGAACAAGAACCACCUUUGGACAAUCUUUUACCAGUUGAAAUUUUACCUUCAUUAUUUCUUGGAUCUAAGAAAGAUUCCGAAAACCUAUCUAUGCUUCAAAAACUCAAUAUUAAGUACAUUUUAAAUGUGACACCGAAUAUUCCUAAUAGUUUUGAGAAAAAUGGACUUAUAAAAUAUAAGCAGAUACCAAUUUCAGAUCACUGGAGUCAAAACCUUGCUGCUUUCUUUCCUGAGGCAAUAUCAUUUAUAGAAGAGGCUAGAGAGGCCAAGUGUGGCGUAUUAGUUCAUUGCCUUGCCGGUAUUAGCAGAUCCGUAACAGUAACCGUGGCAUAUCUGAUGCACAAAAUGUCUUUAUCUUUAAAUGAGGCAUACGAUUACGUGAAGAUGAAGAAGUCAAACAUCUCACCUAAUUUCAAUUUUAUGGGACAGUUAUUGGACUUCGAACGCAGGCUGAGUAACAGCCCAUGUCGAAAGGGUACAUGUCAGUGUGCUGCAGAGGGCCGUAAAUGUUACAGCCCGAAAAUUUUAAAUCAAUACACGGAAGAGAUGCAUUUCACGGACAAUUGUCCCACCACACCGAACAGCACAGAGUGCUCGUCCUCCACAGAAUUUGACUUUACUUAUUUAUCCUCAUGAGGACUGGCUUACCUCGGUUUAAAUAAAUAUUCUAAAUAUAAGUAUAUAUAUAAUAUAUAUAAAUAUAUAUAAAAUAUGAUUGGUGCUUAUUUUGUUAUAAGUUGUAUUCUCCAUCUUAAAGAUGACUUUUUUGUGAAUGCAACUUUGUUAUUAAAUUUCUUAAGUGAAGGUUGAACUUUACAUUUUUCUAUACCUGAAAUGAAACUAUUUAAAAAGAUAAAUUACCCAUCGUUCUGCAUGGUUUGCAGACUUUUGUAUUAUUUUGAUCUAAGUUUGAUUCAACCCACAGCAAGAGAACAAAAUCAUGUAGUCUAAGCAAUUUUUUGGUUACAAAUUUGCUUAAAUGAUGCAAAUUAAUUACUACUCUAUGAAACAAACAAACUGUAUGCAAUACCUGUUAAGGGGGGUUUUGUAAUAUAGGGAUGUAAUUUAUAUCGAUUUUUAUAUGAGAAAUUGAAAUUUUGAAGAGAUUUGAUACUGAACUUGUACUUAGUUUGUAAACCACCAUCUUGACAUUCAAGGAUAUAAGGGUGUGAGGAAUUAAGGGUCAACUCCUAUUGCAGGGCACAUCUGCAUAAUGAGCAUUCUGGGAUGCUUCUCUGUGGGAGAAGUAUGUCCUUGGCAACUGUUAAUGCUGGUCAUCUUCUACAAGCCUAUACCUAUGUGUUCCAUCUGAUGUAUAUUGGCGACAUGUUUUGAUAGCUUUAUUAAAGGUAUGAAGAAGCCAUAGUCUGCCCUGUGUGCCGGAAAUGGUAUCAUACAGCACACUCUGCUCUUAAUUAUGAAAUAUUUUUGUAGUAAUCAAGAUGGCAAGAGUUGCACCCAAAUACUCUUGUUAUGUUAACCUAUAUGAACCACCCAUACCAAUAAUACACAGAAAGAAUUUAUUUUUUGACAAAAAAAAAACCCACAAGAAAGCAAUUAAUAUAUUGCAAAUCCUCUGAAAAAAUCAGCUUUUAGACGAAAAUAUUUAGGAUGAAUAUUACAUAAAAUGCAUUUGAAAUUGAAGACAAAAUUACAAAUACAAGUGGUAAUGUUUUUUGUGAGAGGAUAAUAUAUGUAUGUAUUAAUGAUCUUUGUAGUAUAUUUUGUACAGUUGAGAUGCUCGAGAAGAUGAAAUAAACAAAAGAGGAAAAAAUUGUAA